GUUUGACCCCUCAGACUUGCCGUAGUCCAGGAAGUAAUGUUUCACAACGAACCGGCAUGCCGUACGGUGACUUUCACGGGUUGACUGACAUCCAGUGGGGGUUGUGUAAACGGAACUAAACCCGUCCUGUCUACCACCAAAAUGCGACUUCUAAAAGCAGGACUAACCUUAGGUCAGACACAUUUAAGGAAACCGGGAACACUAACAUUAAAAAAGGUGUUGAUGAACAGUUGUCGGUCGUGCUCCUCUGGUAUCGUCCCCAAUGAAAGAAUCCGCAACAUCGGAAUCUCGGCGCACAUAGACUCGGGGAAGACCACACUCACGGAGCGCGUCCUCUUCUACACGGGCAGGAUAGCAGAGAUCCAUGAGGUAAAGGGAAAGGAUGGAGUCGGGGCCACCAUGGACUCUAUGGAGCUGGAGAGGCAGAGAGGCAUCACCAUCCAGUCAGCUGCCACAUACACCGUCUAUAAGGAUUACAACAUCAACAUUAUCGACACCCCAGGCCAUGUGGACUUCACCAUCGAGGUGGAGCGAGCCCUGCGUGUUUUGGACGGGGCUAUCCUGGUCCUAUGCGCAGUUGGAGGUGUCCAGUGCCAGACCCUGACCGUGAACAGACAGAUGAAACGCUACAACGUUCCCUUCCUCACCUUCAUCAACAAGCUGGACCGCAUGGGAGCCAACCCCAACCGCGCCCUGCAGGCCAUGAGGACCAAGCUGAACCACAACGCAGCCUUUGUGAACAUCCCCAUCGGUCUGGAGGGGAACAUGAAGGGCAUCAUAGAUCUCAUAGAGGAGCGCAGCAUGUACUUCGAGGGCCCAUUCGGACAGAAUAUCCGGUUGGAUGAGAUCCCGGCGGAGUUCCGUGUGGAGGCUGCAGACAGGAGACAGGAGCUGGUGGAGUGUGUGGCUGACGCUGACGAGACCCUGGGAGAGAUGUUCCUGGAGGAGAGGAUCCCCACCGUGCCAGAACUCAAGACAGCCAUACGCAGGGCCACAGUGCAGCGGCUCUUCAGCCCCGUGCUGGUGGGAACUGCCCUGAAGAACAAGGGGGUCCAGCCUCUAUUGAACGCAGUGCUGGAUUAUCUGCCCAACCCCACAGAGGUCAACAACUACGCCCUCUUCAACGAUGAUGAGUCCAGUGACAGUACUAAGGUCCUGAUGGAUCCCACCAGAGACGCCUCGCAGCCCUUCGUUGGCCUGGCCUUCAAACUGGAGGCGGGUCGGUUUGGUCAGCUGACGUACGUGCGUGUGUACCAGGGCUGUCUGAAGAAGGCCGAGUACAUCAUCAAUACACGCACUGGCAAGAAGGUCCGUGUGCAGAGGCUAGUGCGUCUCCAUGCCGACCAGAUGGAGGAUGUGGAGGAGGUGUAUGCAGGGGACAUCUGUGCCCUUUUUGGGAUCGAUUGUGCCAGCGGAGACACCUUCACCUCCCGGACCAGCGCCAACCUCUCCAUGGAGUCCAUCCACAUUCCAGAGGCUGUCAUCUCCAUGUCUAUGAAGCCGUCCAACAAGAAUGACACGGAUAAGUUCUCUAAAGGCAUCAACCGCUUCACCAGAGAAGACCCCACGUUCAGGGUCCACUUUGACACAGAAAGCAAGGAGACUAUCAUCUCUGGUAUGGGAGAGCUGCACCUGGAGAUCUACUCACAGAGGAUGGAGAGGGAAUACAACUGCCCCUGUGUGAUGGGAAAACCAAAGGUAGCCUUCAGGGAGAGCGUGACCAGUGCGGUACCGUUUGACUUCACCCAUAAGAAGCAGUCUGGUGGUUCAGGGCAGUACGGUAAAGUGAUAGGAGUUCUGGAACCUCUGGACCAAGAGAACUACACAAAAGUGGAGUUUGAAGACCAGACUGUCGGAACCAACAUCCCCAAACAGUUUGUGCCGGCUGUUGAGAAGGGAUUCAGAGAGGCCUGUGAGAAAGGGCCUCUGACUGGUCACAAGAUCUCAGGUGUCAAGUUCCUAUUGGAAGACGGAGCGCAUCACAUGGUGGACUCGAAUGAGAUCUCCUUCAUCCGUGCAGGGGAGGGUGCUCUUAAACAAGCCAUGGAGAAGGCCAACGUUGCCGUGCUGGAGCCAAUCAUGUCAGUAGAAAUUGUGGCGCCUGAUGAGUUCCAAGGGACAGUCAUCGCCGGGGUCAACCGUCGCCAUGGCGUCAUCAGUGGGCAGGAUGGGGCGGAGGGCUACUUUACGUUGUAUGCUGAUAUUCCACUGAAUGACAUGUUUGGUUACGCCACAGAGCUCCGGUCCUGUACAGAGGGGAAAGGAGAGUACACCAUGGAGUACAGCAGAUACCAGCCAUGUCUGCCUGGCACUCAGGAGGAGCUCAUCAACAAAUACCUGGAGUCAACAGGACAGCUGCCUGCCAAGAAGGGGAAGUGGAAGAACUGAGCGUGGACCACACACACACAAUCACUGAAUUGUAAACGCAUUGCUGUACUGCAAUGGAAUGCUUGAGAAACACAAACCGCGCCCAACCAACUGUAAACAUACUGGGCCUUGCCUUACCAAGGUGGGUGUAUUAUAUCGUAUGUGCAUUUAAAAUGCUACAAAUGGUCAGACAGAUGACCAAGUGAAUUCCCUUGUACCACCCUCGUUUUCCGCCAUACUCUCGUCCUAAAGUAUCCAUUUUAUUACCGAGUUUAUUUCCAUUCGGCCUCUGCUCUCCAGCAAACAGCCUUGUCCCACAGCCUAGCGGUUAUUAUGAAGACUUGAGGCGAGCCCAAAGUUUGGACUUCAACUUGGGCAUGUAUAUUAACUGGUUUUGUACUAUGUACAGCAUGUUCUUGUUAUAAUGAUGAUCAUGAUUAAAUAAGAUUUAUCUUA